CUUCAUUUUUGUAGCUCGCUCACUUCUAGCCUUAUUUGGACACCCAUUUGGGUAUUACUUUACUUUAUCACCUUGAAACUUCAUCGAGCUCUUUGUCCUGUUAGCCAUUUCUGCCUCAAGAGUCAAGAUGCUGCUGCUUCAGUCCUCUUUGCAUAAAGCCCUUUCCCUUUCAUAUGCCGUCUCUUAUUCCACUGCUCUUCCCUCUAAAAUUCCCACUCUCUCCAUUGGAUGUAGGGGUGUCACGUGCUUUCAGGGGCUCUCUGUCACGUGCUCCAUCUCAAAGAUCCAUAGUUAUGGCACCGUGGACUACGAGCGCAGACCCAUCGUCAGGUGGAAUGAUAUAUACAAGAGAAUAUCGUUGAUGCAGAACCCUGAAAUCGGUUCCGCCGCUGUGUUAGAACAGUGGGAAGAUGAAGGAAAGAGCUUUACUAAAUGGGAGCUGUGUAGGGUUAUCAAAGAGCUGAGAAAGUAUAAAAGAUAUAAAAGAGCCCUUGAGGUUUAUGGUUGGAUGAACAACAAACCAGAGAGGUUUAGUGUAUCUUCAAGUGAUGCAGCAAUUCAGUUAGAUCUGAUUUCCAAGGUUCAUGGAGUUUCGAGUGCAGAAGAGUAUUUUCUGAGUCUGGCUGAUAAGUUAACAGAUAGAAGGACCUAUGGAGCCCUUUUGAAUGUAUACGUGCGAUAUAGAAUGAAGGAAAAGGCAGAGGCAUUAUUUGACAAAAUGAGGAGUAAAGGUUAUGCAGUACAUUCGCUACCAUUUAAUGUAAUGAUGACUCUGUAUGUGAACCUUAAGGUUUAUGAUAAAGUUGAUAUGUUGGCUUCAGAAAUGAGAGGGAAAAACAUACGGCUCGAUAUCUAUUCAUAUAAUAUCUGGCUAUCUUCAUGUGGUUCUCGAGGAUCAAUAGAAAAGAUGGAGGAGGUGUUUGACCAGAUGGUGAAGGACCCGAAGAUUGUUCCUAAUUGGACUACAUUCAGCACAAUGGCUACAAUGUAUAUAAAUAUGAAUAUGUUUGAAAAAGCAGUAGGCUGCUUAAGAAAGGUUGAGAGUAGAAUCAAAGGCCGGGAUAGAGUACCAUUUCAUUAUCUUCUGAGCUUAUAUGGAAGUGUUGGAAAGAAAGACGACGUUUAUCGUGUGUGGAGUACUUAUAAAUCAAUGUUUGCCACUAUACCAAACUUGGGAUACCAUGCUAUUAUUGCUUCUCUGGUUAAACUGGAUGAUAUUGAGGGUGCAGAAAAAAUUUAUGAGGAAUGGCUUUCAACAAGUUCGACUUAUGAUCCGAGAAUAACAAACCUUCUGAUAGGCUGUUAUGUCAAGAAAGGCAAUACUGACAAAGCUCUGGGUUUCUUUAGACAAAUGACUGAGGGUGGUGGAAUUCCGAAUUCAAAAACUUGGGAGAUUAUUUGUUCUGGGCAUAUCGCUGAUGAGAGGAUUUCGGAUGCUCUGUCCUGCUUUAAAGAAGCUUUUGUGGCCGAUGUUUUAAACAAAUGGAGACCAAGGGCGACAAACUUUUCUGCAUUCUUUAAACUUUGUCAGGACAAAGAUGAUACUACAAGUGCUGAAGUGUUAACUGGGUUGUUGAGACAGUCUAGAUUUAUCAAGAAUGAAGUUUUUGUGUCACUCAUUGGCUUGUCAGAAUCCGAUGGUACCAUCAACAAUGGCGAAUUGUGGACCGAAGUUGAUACCGCGGAUAUAACUGAUGAUAACGAUGAUGGUGAAAAUGCAGUUGAUGACUCUCAAAUGUUCAACCAAUUGGAGAGUACCUUGUGAUACACAAUGUCUUUUUCCAUUUGAAAAAUGCAGAAAAUGCAUUGCUAGAAGUGUAGUUAGUCAUUGAAGAUGAUCUUGUUCAGGAUGCAUAGUUUACAUGACUAACCAUGAUAAUGAUGAGGAGGUAGCUAAUGCUUAAAGUACAGAGCAUGGAAUUUAUGUUGGCUUUUCAAUUUCAAAUUAUUCAUAAGGAAAGAGGCUUUAUUAAACUGGUAUCCAUUUCUAUCAAGGCCAUUUUAAACAAACUAAUAAUAUAUGACCCUCCACCACCUUCCCAAUUAGUGUUUGGAGAGAAAUUCUUA